GAGCGUGAGCGAUUAAUCCAACCAGUUAUCACCAUCACGCACUGGUUUAUUCGAUUGCGAAAUACACGUGUAAGUGUCCUAGUUCAGUCGUGAUAAUGACGCGUUUACUAACCUGUGCAGUGUUGAUAAUCUUCGCCCUGGGAGUUCUGUCGGUCAGCGGACAGGAAAAGCAAAAACCCUACACAGCGGCAAAUGAAACAAACCUGGAGGAAGUGGUCGUCGAAACGUCACUAUACGUCAGGAACAAACCAGCCUCAGCCUCUCGGCGCCAACAGUUCGCACCUAGAGAGAAAAGAGUGCCACGAGCGAAACGCGAGAUCAGUCACUCAACUAGCUACAGCGAGUCAAAACUGAAAUCGAAUGCGCUGAAUCCUGUGGUGGGGCAUCAUAAGUCUUCCGUUGAACACCCCAGUGGCUUUAUACAGUCAUUCUUUGCCAAAGACUUUAGCAACGGCGACGCAAAAGGCCAUCAGCGUGCCUUCGAUAAGCAGAAAAUGGUCAAGUCAACAAAAACGACCAACAACCAACUUGCAUAACGAUGAAGCGGCUGCAUGCGAGGUCCGGACAUGUCAAUUCCAGUAAAGCUUGGAAGUCAACCCGCCAAUCAAACUUAUGGGAAAUUGGCGGUACGCUUUGAACAACGUUAGCUCUAUUUUUAGGUGAAGACAUUUCGCAAAGCCGUAAAAUAUAUUCCCAUAGGUAGAAAAGGUUCGCAGCAGAAUUGAGAACUCAUGUGAACUGCAAACUUCCAAUAUCAAGCUUAAAUAAUCUCCGGCUUUUCUUUGAAUAAUUUGUUACCAUUGGUACUGUAAGUAGCACUAACGAUAUGUAGGGCUUUAUUCUUUUCUCUGAAAUGUGAUAUAACAGCAAAAUGUGAGCAAUAAAAACGGUCAUGACAAAUAUAUACAUACAGUGGAUUUGAUCCGGCUAAUUUAUUAUGCAUAACAGGUACUACCCAUCCGUGAUGGUGUUGAAGAUCCUACCGUACUGCCGCACAACAGCCAUGACUUGGUCAAGUUCAAUGAAGCUUUACAGUAGUGUAGAGUUGUUUCAGCUUGCGUUCAAUCUUUUCAGCAGAUCCAUAAAUCGUGACGUAACUCACGGAUUUAAAUUUAAUGACCAGAAUC